UGGUGGGUAAUCAUUUUGUGCUGCAGAGAUACUCAAUAUUUGUCGAUAACGAUAGCAACGAGACUUACAAGGGUGUGGUGGAAGAGGUAUGGGAAAUACCAUGAAAUGACGUUGCGCCACGUUUGAGAGCGAUUGUUUGACUGUAUUUGGAUCGAAAGCUAACCGGGACGGAACGGCGCCAACGCUGGGCACGACCAGCACAUUUACUCUUGAACAUUGCCUACCAUGAGACCGACACUCAUUCGUUAUGGAGAAAUGCCUGGGCCCCAGCGUGCAUGGAGUUCGUGGUGGGGUGACAAGCACGGCGGCACGAGGAUGAAGGGUGUAUACCAAUACACCCUCUCUCCCUUCCAAGCAAAGGCCGGUCCAAAUUGGGCCCGCGAAUAUUUAUUCCAGGGUUACAGGCGCGUAGCUGCUGAGGUUCCAUAUUGGAUUGUUCCUUUUGCUUUGGGUUACGGGAUCUAUACGUGGGCAAAUAACUACACGAAGUACCACGAUAGCAAGGCCGCCCAUGUGGCUGAACAUCACGAGUGAUGGUUGGACUCGAAAUACGAGUUCUAACGCGUUACGGAUGUUUCCAUCUUUUCUCACCCCAAUACAAGUUACGUUAUAUCGCCUAGGGACAAGAAGGAAUUCGAUUAGACGUUUGAAAUCAAAAGGUGUUCUCCGAAAUUAUGAAGUUCUUGAAGUUCACUUGCUGGCCGGAUGGCCUUGCGGAACAUUAGGACGUACGUCGCAGGUAAAAUCA